AUGAAAGUUUGGACUGUAUUCAAGCCCCAUGCCAUUCAGAAGAUACAGGUGGCUUGUGUACAGUUAAUAGACAGCUUGUCGAAAUUGAUAUCGUUGUUGCCGCAGAACAGAUCCCAUGUAUCACAGCGAUUGAAAUUUGAAUAUGACGUGUUCCUGUCGUACUCCCAUAAAAACUCGAAUAAAGCAUCGCUUCUCCUGAAUGGUCUACUUGAGGUUGAUUCCAGUUUGAAGAUUUUUUUUGAUACUGAGGAGCUAAAAACCGUUUGUGAUCUUAAAAAAGAUAAAAAUUUGUUGGACAAUGAACACCAAUUAAUCCCAGUAUGUAUUGAUGACAUCACUGAGCCACCGUUGGAGUUCACUAAAGUACCUAUGUUAGACUAUAGGAAUAUGAAAACUCAGGAAGAUGUACAAGAUUUAUGUCACCAGGUUGUUGCUAUGUUACAACAUCCAGAUACAAUGAAGACAGAAUUGUUAAAAAAACAAUCCGUAAUUGAUAUGUCUCUUACUGAUAUUGAUCUACUGGCUGAUGAUUAUCAACAACUUGACUUCUCAAGAAAGUAUGGUAGUACUUCAAAAGCCUCUCUAAGACAGACGGCUUUGAGUUGCAAAAUGCUGACAACAACAGAGAACGAAGAUGACGGUGACAAACAGAAAUGUGACAUUGCAAUAAGCUUUGCUGUGGCCGAUAUGAAAUAUGCGAGGUACUUGACCACUCUACUGAAGCAAAAUGCACCGCAGUUGAUUGUGAACGACACUAUGUCAUCUGACCACACCCAGAUAAGUGUGUUGGAAACUGCCAACAAAGUUGUCUGUCUUCUCACUGCAAACUAUAUAGAAUCACCAAGUCAGUGCGAGGAAUUCCACAUUGCUUUGUUCCGUCAUCGAGCCAAUCCAGCUUCACCGGUUCUUUUCCCAAUACAGAUAUCUGCACUCCCGAAGAAACCAACGUAUUUUCACUUGGUGCCGUACGAACUGAACUGCACCAGUCCGCUAUGGAAGAAGAUUAUAGUAGAGAUGGGUUUGACGGAGACGCUGGAAGAGUUUCGCAAAAACGUAGGUCGGACUCUAGCAGAGCGGGUGACCAAGGAAGAGGCUAUGGCAUUGUACAAGGGCACGGAAGCCAUUUUGUUAACCAUGAAAGCUGAAAGUGAGAAAUCUGCAUCGUCUCAUCUCACUCAAAGCAUAAUCUUACACAAUAUCCACUAUAUGAGAUUCAUGAUUAUGAAAAUGAAGAACAGUGAAUAUACAGAAGAUGUACAGCAGUACCUGUAUAAACUAUCAGUCACUGAGGGAGAACCAAAUGCUGCAACAAAACAGAAACAACCUGGAGUGAAAACAAAAACCAAAAACAUAUCACCAAAGAAGGAUAAAACAACAUCCUCUGGAAAAGUGACCAGCAAAGUUAAAGAUAACCAAGAGGAUGUUACCAUAGAAACUGUAUCAAGACAGAGUCAUGCUUGUUGCAUCAUCUGA